AUGACAGAUAUUGAGUCAUUAUUGGGUCCAAAAGAAAAGUAUCGGUUUACUAAGACAUUAAUCAUUGCUACUACAGUGGCAUGCAUGGGUUCAUUACAAUAUGGGUAUCAUAUUGCAGAAUUGAAUGCACCACAACAGGUAAUGACUUGUAACAAUACACAUAGUUUUAAUGGACAGUAUGCUGAUUGCAUUGAACUCUCAAAUCAACAAUUUGGAAUAAUCACUGCUAUAUUUAGUAUAGGUGGUUUAUGUGGUUCGUUAGUGGCAGGUAGAUUCGCAGAUAAGUAUGGUAGAUUAAAAACUGCGAUUUUAGCAAAUGUAAUUAAUUUUGUGUCUUCAUUAAUUAUGUUUUCUUCGAAUAGAUUUCGACAAUUAUUUAUGGGUCGGAUUGGUGUUGGAUUUGCAUGCGGAUUAAAUAUAGUUAUUACCCCUUUGUACAUUAAUGAAAUUGCUCCAACUAGUCUACGUGGCUCCUUAGGUACAAUGAAUCAAUUUUGCAUUAACCUUGGGAUUUUAUUAACACAGAGUGUAGCCAUUAAAUACGCCACGAUAAACCACUGGAGAAAUAUUUUGUUUAUUGGUUCUAUUUUAUCUGUUGUAAAUAUUAUUGGCUGGUUUACCAUAUGCGAAUCACCUAGGUGGUUAUUAUCUAAGAAUCAAUUUAAUUCGGCAUAUUUUUCAUUAUCACAUAUCAGAGAAAUAUCCAUUGAGGAGGCAAAAAUGGAGAUUGAAGGUUGGCAGAGAGAACAUUCUAAUGCAACAGAUAAUACAAAUACCACAAGAACCCCUAGUAAUAGUACCAAUAAUAUUAACGAUGAUAGUAAUGAUUCUGAUAUAACAAUGUGGCGAUACUUAACAAGUCCAAGGUAUUCUAAGUCACGUACAGUAAUCACUGCUAUUUUAGUAGGACAACAAUUUUGUGGUAUUAAUAGUAUAAUAUUUUAUGGUGUUAAAGUGGUAAGCCAACUAUUACCAGACCAAGCUCUUCUUAUAAAUUUUUCAAUAUCAAUAAUUAACGUUAUAAUAACAUUUUUAUCGUCUAUUUUAAUUGAGAGAUUUGGACGUAAGCCAUUAUUAAUGUCAUCUACAAUUUUUAUGUCGAUUAUGUCAAUUUUAAUAAGUUUGAGUAUUGUAAAACACAUUUCUGUUUUGUUAAUCAUAUCAAUAUUUGUUUAUAUUGGAUUUUUCGCAAUUGGAAUCGGUCCAAUCCCGUUCUUAAUCAUCGGAGAAUUAUCAGGCAAACAAGAUAAAGCCAUUGCACAAAGUUAUGGUACAGUAUGUAAUUGGCUAGCAACAUUUAUUAUUGGUUAUGGAUUUCCUAUUUUGAACGAUUAUGUUGGAGGAUAUGUAUAUCUACUAUUUGCUAUGUUUGCAUUAUGGUUCACCAAUUAUAUACAUCACAAAGUUCCAGAGACUAAAAAUAAGACCCAGCAUGACGAGAUUUGGAAUGGUUACUAA